AUGGAACAUCGACAAAGAAUCAAAACACAAUUAGAGACAAUUAUUAAUGAUCACGAUCAAUUUCAACAAACAAUAAUUCAACAAAAAGAGGAUUCACACAAUUCUUCUUUCAUUCAACAAAUUAAUCAAUGGGAAACAAAUUCAAUUCAUCAAAUUCAACAAACAGCAGAAGAAUGUCGGAAAACAUUGAUGAAAUUAACACAAAAGUCGAUCGAUGAUGCAGAAAAAAAGUUUAUUGAAUUAUCUCAGAAAUUAAAAGAAAUUCGUGAAGAAAAUGAAUUUUAUGAAAUUGAUUUAAAUAAUUUUCAAUUAAAAUUAACACAAAUUACAGAAGAAUUUCUUCAAUCAUCAAAUAUUUCUAUUCGACAAGAUUCACAAGAAUUUAUCAAGAAAAUUUCGGUUGUUUCACCAUUCGGAACAUGUUUCAACUCAGACGAUAUUGAUACACACUGUGACAGCGGUUAUUGUGGAGCAUAUAUGCUUUUAGACGAAAAAAAAGAAGAAACUGAAUCGGAUCAAUAUUGUGUUGAUGAUAACGGCAAGACCACGUUCUCAAGCGUAUCUAUUGUAGUUACUCUUAAUCCAUCCAUUGAUUAUAUAAAAUAUAAAUUUUGCACAACAGAUAAAUAUAAUAAUCAAACAAGUUUACAACGAAUUUUAAAUGCAUUCACUCUCGAAGAAAAUUUUCAACCAUUCGAUGUUUUAUUUAAUAAUAAUAGUAAACCAUUUACUGAACAAAAUCCAUGUACUAAUUUUUCCAAUUCUACUCAUUUCGAAUGUCCAACAUCAGGUUGUUUUCUAUCAGAAAUGGAAUCAAUACGCGAAAUUUGUGCUCGAUGUCCAAAAGAAUUACCAAACAUUAGAUCUUGA